AUGUCUCCAGUCAGCGCUGCUCAUUCCGCGUCUGCCCGCAUUUGCCAUACAUUCCCAGGCAGCAUCCUGCUGCUUCUCAUCACACACAUCUGACUGGAUGCUCUUUCCCCCUCUCAGACCGGCAAUGACAACAACAAAGAUCAUUUACUUCUCAGUGGACGGCAGACCCGAACAAGCGGAGUUCCCGAGCGACUGCCCGGCCCAAGAUGUGAAAGAGGUUUUCCGAGCUGCUGCUGAAGCAGGCCCUUACGACAUUUUGAAGUUAUACAACUCAAGAGGCAACAUUAUAAACAUCUCCCCAAAGCUGGAGUCUAAUACUCGGCAAACACAGUACAAACUGGAAGUCGUUGCUGCUGAUUGUAAGGCCAAUUCUUUAGGUUCUGAACUGGCAACAGCUUUGGGAUUUGAUCUGUUGGCUAUGGAGAAAAGGUUACAGGCAUUGGAGAAGAAAAUUCUAGUUGAGACUGCAGACAUGCCAUCCAUCAUGUAUGAGAUGAGAAAUCGGGUAGAGUCGUUUCGGGAGAAACUUGAAAGUGUCGAACACCUCAGCUGGCUAGGGCUAUUUAAAGAUCUGACAGAGGGAAUGAAUAAACCUUCACCCUUCUAUCACAAAUGUUCAUUGAGAAAAACAAAAGAAGAGUGCCAGCAAGUAAUGGAAAAUUACCUGCAGAUGAGCAGUCUGGAGGUCACAGAAGAAGUUAGACAGUAUCUGAAGACACCAACCUUCGAUAACUGGCAAUGGGAAGAUGCAGAGAUCAUGGUGCUCCUUCAGCUGAUGUACAUAGACCUGGAUUUCAUGAGCAAAUUCAACAUUGAAAUGGAAGUCCUGCAACAAUUUCUUUUCGAGGUGUAUCGCCAUUAUAACAACAUUCCCUUCCAUAACUUCAAGCAUUGCUUCUGUGUCACCCAGAUGAUGUAUGGGUUGAUCUGGUUAACAGACCUUCAAAACAAAAUGGACGAUAUUGAUAUCCUAACCAUGCUCACCUCAGCAAUAUGCCAUGAUUUGGACCAUCCAGGCUAUAACAAUGCAUAUCAGAUCAAUGCUCGCACAGAACUGGCUUUGAGAUAUAACGACAUCUCUCCCCUGGAGAACCAUCAUUGUUCUGUGGCCUUUAAGAUCCUGGAAAAGCCUGAAAACAACAUAUUCCGAAAUUUGACAACAGAACAGUUUAAACGGAUUCGAGAAGGAAUGAUAAAGUGUGUUCUUGCCACAGACAUGACUCGUCAUAAUGAAAUUCUGAAUCAGUUCAGAUCCAUUGUGUCAGUCUUUGAUUUUCACAACAAAAACCACAAGGACAUUCUUACAAUGAUUAUCAUAAAAGUAAGCGACAUUUCCAAUGAAGCUCGACCCUUGGAUGUAGCUGAACCUUGGCUGGAUUGCUUAUUGCAGGAGUUUUUCAAUCAGAGUGACAUGGAGAAGCUAGAAGGGUUGCCAGUGUCUCCAUUCAUGGACAGGGAUAAGGUGACAAAGCCAUCUUCCCAAACAGGUUUCAUCCGCUUUGUGCUGCUGCCAUUGUUUAUUGAACUUGCAAAUCUGUUCCCCAAUUUGGAGCAACACAUCAUUGACCCUGUGCGAAAGGCUUUGGAUUAUUACACGGAGAUGGAAAAAGCCUUGGAAAAGGAGAAACAGAAUCGUACUGGAGGGUCACAGAGUGAUAAGGUAGUGAAACCUCCAGAGAAGCAGAAUGAAAACCAAAAAAGUACAGAUCAAAUUGAAACAUAUAAAACUGCAAACAGUACUAAGCUGAAAGUCAACAGUUUAGGCAUAUUGAAGAAGACAAAAGCAUUACAACCUCUGCAGAAAAUUGAUUAAAUAAGUAAAAUCAGAUGAUUUGGGCUUGGAUAUAAUCAUAAUGAACAGUCAAUAACUACUUAUUGGCCUAGAUUUUUCAGUCAGAGGAUCUUGCUCAUCACUAACUCUCUGGCAUGGAUUUCCUCUUCUCUAAUGCUAAUUUGAAUUUGGCAUGAAGAGGAGACUUCUUCCUACCCAGCAGUAGUGAUGUCAGCAAGCAGGAUAAGUAACCAAUCGCGUUGAAGCAUUUUCACCUUCAGCAAAUCAGGAAGUAAAAUGCAUUGAUCAUCCCUCACUUUUGAUAAUUUUUUUACAGUGAUCGAAAUAAAGAUUGACAUAUUUUAUUACAUUACAAAAUGUGGGAUUAUUAUUGGAUGAAAAGUGUUGACAUUGAAAAAUAUUGGUUUUCCAAGGCUGGAAGAGGUUCCCUGGCAUUGGAAAAAUAAUUAGUAACAAGACAUAAUUUUUUAGGAUGCUUUUAACAGUGAUAUUAUAGUGCAAAAUGGGAUGAUUUCUUCAGUUCAGUGACUUCUGAAUUGAUUAUCACUUGCAGGAACUUCAAUUGCAUACUCUGUGGAAAAUAUAGUCCUCGUUUAAUUGCACAUUUGGAACCCCCAGAAAUUACUAUCAGUUUCAGAGGAGAUGGUGCAAAGUGAUAAUUACACCAUCAUCGCUACCACAAAAUCUGGGCCAAACAUACUAUAUUGCAGUGAGCAGAAACUAUUAGAACUAGAUGAAAUCACAUCCAUCUACCUAUUUUGGUCAUCUAUCAGAAAUCAUCUGGGCAAUAUCUGCACUUGAAAAUAAUGUGGAAAAAAAUCACAAAUUUCUCUCUUUCUGUCUGUGUAAAAGGUUCAUCUGGAAGUUUUAGGCUUGACAUUAAAUCGUAAACAGGGUAAAUACUGAUCAAAAAGGUGUGUGAAUCGAACAAAACAUAAAUAAUCUUUCAGUAAUGUAACAAGUGACUACAUGUAAUGUUCAUUGAUGACAUUCUCCCAGUUAAAAAUAUUAAAAGAAACAUUUUGACUGCUAGUUUGAGAACUGAAUGAGCAAUAUUUGAAUAAAUUGUUGCAUGU